AAUCCGGUAGUUAUUCCGGUUGACCUGUGUGUGUCAGGGACAUGGAGAGCCGUCACUGACUGCUGCAGCUGGCGGGGACGUGUUUUCAGACAUCAACCCCGGCUUCAAGAUGGGGCACUGUGGCGUCACGUCGUCGAAAACAGUCCUGGUUUUCCUGAACCUGAUAUUCUGGGCUGCUGCUGGUAUCUUGUGCUACGUUGGAGCCUACGUCUUCAUUACUUACGAUGACUAUGAUCACUUCUUUGAGGACGUGUACACUCUCAUCCCCGCAGUCGUCAUCAUAGCAGUUGGAGCCCUCCUCUUCAUUACUGGGCUCUUUGGGUGCUACGCUACUGUCAGAGAGAGCCACUGUGGACUGACAACGUUUGUCGUCAUUCUGCUGCUGGUUUUCAUCACGGAAGUGGCAGUGGUGGUUCUCGGAUACGUUUACAGAGCAAAGGUUGAAGAUGAGGUUAAUAGUUCCAUCAUGAAAGUGUACGAUGAGUACAAUGGCACCAACAGCAAUGCUCAGAGCCGUGCCAUCGACUACAUUCAGAGACAGCUUCAGUGUUGUGGGAUCCACAAUUACUCGGACUGGCAGCGUACACGCUGGUAUGAAGAAUCAAAGAACAACAGCGCACCCAUCAGUUGUUGCAAAUCUAACAUAGCAAGCUGCACAGGUUCCCUUACCCGCCCUGAGGAUCUCUACCAAGAAGGUUGUGAAGCCCUUGUUGUGAAGAAGUUGAAGGAGAUAAUGAUGUACGUUAUCUGGACCGCAUUGACAUUUGCUGCCAUACAGGUGCUGGGGAUGCUGUGUGCUUUUAUCGUGCUGUGCCGCAGAAGCAGAGAUCCUGCCUACGAUCUACUGAUUACAGAGGGCACCCGUGCAUAAACGCUGCAUCCCUCUGUAACCCUCCUUCAGAAUUGUGUAAUUGGUGAGAGCAUGAAAAAACAAAAUCUGUUACCAUGUUAACUAUCACACAAUACAUUUACUUUAUAUAUUUCAGGUUUUUCAAAGAAAAAGCUUUAGGCCAAAUUCAUUGACAGUCAUAAGGAAAAGAGAUCUUUCCUCUGUUCUAAAGAUGACAUGAGGAUGUAAAAGCUUGUUUUUUUUUAACCUAAAACAGUCUUUACUGAGGUAGUCUCUACUAUACACACUCACUUAAACAGGUGAGUGUAUAGGGAGAGACUGUAUUAAAGCUUACUUUUAAUAUCUGUAUUUUAAUUGAAUUAAAAAGACAAUUUCCGGUUUUACCUUCUCUGCUACUACUUUAAGUAUUACUAUUAAAGUGUGUCUGCUGUAUAGAAAUGUUACCUUUCACCAGUAUAAGGAACAAAUAAUACCAGAGCCCAAGUAAAUGGUACUGCAUGAUUUUGUGUGCGAAUUAUAUAACUUGAUUAUCUUUGGCCUAAUUGAUGUUUACUUUAAGGAGGAAACCUAAACUCGAUAGAUUUUUAUCUCACUGCUGUUUGUUUUGGUCUCAACGCUCCACUGCGUGUAGUUUUAAAACACGCUCUGUUGUUAUUUAGCAGGGAAUGACUUAAGAAUGUAAAUAGAAUGUAUGUAAGGUGAAAGAUUGAAAUUAAACAGCAUUUGUUUUCUGGUUUAA